UCUUCAGGAUUCAGCUGUGUGUCCAUGAAGAGUAACAGAUUCAUCUAUGAACCCCCUAAUCUCAGUGAUGGACCAUCUUCAGGAUUCAGCUGUGUGUCCAUGAAGAGUAACAACUCCAUGAUUAUUCCCCCUGAACUCAGUGGUCGGCCAUCUUCAGGAUUCAGCUGUGUGUCCAUGAAGAGUAACAGAUUCAUCUAUGAACCCCCUAAUCUCAGUGAUGGACCAUCUUCAGGAUUCAGCUGUGUGUCCAUGAAGAGUAACAACUCCAUGAUUAUUCCCCCUGAACUCAGUGGUCGGCCAUCUUCAGGAUUCAGCUGUGUGUCCAUGAAGAGUAACAGAUUCAUCUAUGAACCCCCUAAUCUCAGUGAUGGACCAUCUUCAGGAUUCAGCUGUGUGUCCAUGAAGAGUGACCACUCCAUGAUCAUUCCCCCUUUGUUCAGUGAUGGACCUCCUGUGACCUCUGACCCUUUUAUCAACAUCAUGAAGAGAAAGAGAGCAGCUUCUCCAGUAUCCAACUGUGUGUCCAUGAAGAGGCAAGAGCCCCCACAAUUCAGUGAUGGAGCAGUAACCUUUGACCCUGUUGGUAGGAGAGCUGAGCAGAUCCGAUAUGCGUCGUCUCAGACCAGCACAUCCUCCUCCUGUCAGAAACACAUCAGUCAUCAUGACACAGAAGCAGGUCUGCAGCUCGAUUCUCACCAGCCAGUGCAUGAUGAUCUGCAGAGAGUCAAAGACCAGCACAAAACCAGCAUGAAGAACAGAUAUGAGAGCGUAUUUGAGGGAAUCAAACUACAAGAGAAUCAGACUCUCCUGAACAGGAUUUACACACAGCUGUACAUCAUAGAGGGAGAGAGUGAAGGAGUGAAUGAAGAACAUGAGGUGCUACAGAUGGAGAAAAGUUACAAGACCCUCCAAGACACUCCAAUCCACUGCAAUGACAUCUUUGAUCCUUCACCUGAACCAGGAUAUGAGGAGAAGAAAAGAGAGAAGAAAGACAAAAUCAAGACUGUUCUUACUAAAGGCAUCGCUGGAAUCGGGAAAACCGUCUCUGUGCAGAAGUUCAUUCUGGACUGGGCCGAGGGAAAAGCCAAUCAGGAUGUAGAUUUCAUGUUUGUGCUUCCAUUUAGAGAGCUGAACUUGAUUAAAGAUCAUCAGUACAGUCUUCACAGACUUCUGCUGGACUUUCAUCCUGAACUUCGAGAUCUGGACUCAAAGAUGUAUGAUGAAUAUACAGCUGUGUUGAUCUUUGAUGGUCUGGAUGAAAGCAGAUUGACACUGAUGUUUUCAGACAGUGAGAAAGUUUCAGAUGUGACUGAGUCUACAUCUGUGGGUGUGUUGAUGUCAAACCUCAUGAAAGGAGAUCUGCUUCCCUCAGCUCUCAUCUGGAUCACCACCAGACCAGCAGCAGCCAAUCAGAUCCCCUCCAAAUACAUCAACCGUGUGACAGAAAUUCAGGGAUUCAAUGAGCCUCAGAAGGAGGAAUAUUUCAGGAAGAGAAUCAGUGAUGAGGAUCAAGCCAGCAGAAUGAUCUCUCACAUCAGAAGAGCAAGAAGCCUCCACAUCAUGUGUCACAUACCCGUCUUCUGCUGGAUCUCAGCCACUGUGCUUCAAAACAUCCUGAAACAAGAUCUCAGUGCAGAAAUCCCUCAAACUCUGACUGAAAUGUACAUACACUUCCUCCUCAUUCAAACUCAUAUGAGGAGCCAGAAGUAUGAAGAGAGAGAUCCAGAGAAACUCCUGCAGUCCAACAGAGAAGUGAUUGUGAAACUUGCUGAACUGGCUUUCAAUCAGCUGAUGAAGGGCAAUGUGAUGUUCUAUGAGGAGGACCUGAUUGAGAGCGGCAUAGACGUCACUGACGCCUCAGUGUAUUCUGGGAUUUGCACUGAGAUCUUUAGGGAGGAAUCUGUGAUUUAUCACAGGAAGGUUUACAGCUUUGUACAUCUCAGCUUUCAGGAGUUUUUUGCAGCACUGUAUGUGUUUUUCUGUUAUUUACACAAGAACAGUGAAGUUCUGAAAAUGUUCCUCACUGGAAAGUCCAGAACCCAAUCUGGGAAUGUUUCUCUUGAUGUGUUUCUGAAGGGAGCAAUGAGUAAAGCCUUGAAGAGUAAAAAUGGACACCUGGAUCUUUUCCUUCGAUUCCUUCAUGGCAUCUCACUGGAGUCCAACCAGAGACUCUUACAGGAUGUGCUGAUUCCCACAGAGAACAACCCAGAGAGCAUCAAGAACAUAAUCCAAAACCUUAAACGAGGUCAAAAAAACAAUGUCAGUCCUGAAAGAUGGAUGAAUCUGUCACACUGCUUGAUUGAGAUGAAGAAUAAUUCUAUUGUUGAUGAAAUUCAGACAUUUUUACAAUCUGGAACAAACGACAAACGUCUUUCUUUUGCACAAUGUUCAACUUUGGCAAACAUGAUCCUGAUGUCAGAGGAGGUGAUGGAUGAGUUUGACCCUAAAAAGUACAAGUUCAUAUCUUCACAAGAGGGUCUAAGGAGACUGUUACCUGCUCUGAGGAACUGCAGAAAAGCUCUAUUAACAGCCUGUAAUCUCAGUGAUCAGCAGUGUGAAGUUGUGGCUUCAGUUCUACAGUCAUCAAACUCCUCCCUGAGAGAGUUGGACCUGAGUAACAAUCACUUGCAGGAUUCAGGACUGAAGCUGCUCUGUGCUGGACUGAAGAGUCCAAACUGUGGCGUCAACAUACUGAGAUUAACAGCAUGUAAGCAAAUUGAUCAGCAGUGUGAAGUUGUGUCUUCAGUUCUACAGUCAUCAAACUCCUCCCUGAGAGAGCUGGACCUGAGAAACAAUCACUUGCAGGAUUCAGGACUGAAGCUGCUCUGUGCUGGACUGAAGAGUCCAAACUGCGGCGUCAACAUACUGAGAUUAACAGCCUGCAAUCUAAGUGAUCAGCACUGUGAAGUUGUGGCUUCUGCUCUACAAUCCUCAAACUCACCCCUGAGAGAGCUGGACCUGAGUAACAAUGACCUACAGGAUUCAGGAGUGGCGCUGCUCUGUGCUGGACUGAAGAGUCCAAACUGUCAACUCAACAUAUUGAGAUUAGCAACCUGCAAUCUAAGUGAUCAGUGCUGUGAAAUUGUGGCUUCUGCUCUACAAUCAUCAAACUCACCCCUGAGAGAGCUGGACCUGAGUAACAAUGACCUGCAGGAUUCAGGAAUGGAGCUGCUCUCUGCUGGACUGAAGAGUCCAAACUGUCAACUCAACAUACUGAGAUUAUCUCAGUGUUUGGUGACAGAAGAAGGUUGUUCUGCUCUCGCUUCAGCUCUGAGUUCAAACCCUUCACACCUGAGAGAGUUGGAUCUGAGCUACAAUAACCCAGAAGAAUCAGGAGUGAAGCUGCUCUCUGAUAUAAUGAAGCAUCCAGACUGCACACUGGACAAACUCAAUGUGGAUCAUGGAGGAGAGUUCAUGAUUACAUCAAGACUACACAGAUACGCUGUUGAUCUCACACUGGAUCCAAACACAGCACACACUCAUCUCGCUCUGUCUGAGGAGAACAGAAAGGUGACGCGUGUGGAAGAGAGUCAGUCGUAUCCUGAUCAUCCAGACAGAUUUGAGUGUUAUCAACAGGUUCUGUGUGGAGAGAGUCUGACUGGACGCUGUUACUGGGAGGCUGAAUGGAGUGGAGAUGCUGUAAUAUCAGUGUCUUAUAAAGGAAUCGAGAGGAAAGGAGGAGGGAGUGACUGUUGGUUUGGACGUAAUGAGAAGUCCUGGAGUCUGAUCCGCUCUGAUCACAGUCUCUCUGUCUGGCACAAUAAUAACCCCACUGAUGUUUCUGCUGCUCCAGGAUCCUGUAAGAGAGUAGGAGUGUUUGUGGACGAGUCGGCCGGCACUCUGUCCUUCUACAGCGUCUCUGACACACACACACUCACACACUUACACACAUUCACACACACAUUCACUGAACCACUCUGUGCUGGAUUUAGACUUUAUAAUUAUAACUCUUCUGUGUCUCUGUGUCAGAUUCAAAGAAAAUGAGGAAACAUUUAACAAUUUCUCAAUUUUAAUUUUUGAAAUACAUAAAUACACACUCACACACACGCACACACUAACUCAGCCCUUCAGGCU